UUUCAACCCACCUCCCUGGUAAACCUAAGCGAAUACGGAAUAAGCUUCGAGAUGCCUGUGGCCCCUCGCCGAUUCUCCCGGACUGGAGUAAACCGUUCCGUCUACUCCGGCUUCGCUCUUAGUGUAGCUUCUCAUUUUUCAAGACCGGCGACAUGUCCCGACGACUUUCAGCGAGGUCAGAAGUCGACACCCUCCAGAAAGCCAUAAGUCCCGCUCUAUACGUUGCGUCUACCAGUUCGAUAAUCCUAUGCACUGUCGCUCUUUCGACUGCAAUUUACAUCAGAAGGACGCGACCGGAUCUCGCUUCUCGAGUCUCUUUCCGGCUCGCCGGGAUAUCACUAUGGGGUUCGAUUAUUUACAGCGCUUCCUUGAUCCUCAUCCAACAAAGGCCAAGCGACCUAAUAUGCAUGGCCGGCAUGGCGCUGAUGGUGGGAAGCGAACUGGCCAGCGUCUUCGCUACCUCCGUCAUCGCUUUGAAUCUUCUGUUCGUAUUCGCUUUUCACCUUUCGCGAUGUGCGGAUAUCUUGAAUAAGUGUCACACCGUCCUGGUGUUUUUCGCAUCCGUUGCCAUCCCAAUGAUCGCCUUGGGGCUCGGAAGCUUCAAUAAGGGCAUUGGGGAGUGCUGGUUUAACGGAGAGUCCCCUCAGCAACUGUUCGCUAACGAAUGGGCGUUUCUUUAUACCAGGAAGAGGAGCACGCUAGCGGAGGAUCGGUCGAAGCUCGACGGAACAUCAACAAACACCCGUCUAACCAUGAGCAACGAUCGACAUGUUAGACAAGGAAUUGCGCGGAUUGCCAUAUAUUGUCUCGUACCGCUCUGCAGCCAGGCGUGGAACCUGAUCUAUGACGUUUUCGUGUACUUAUAUACCGCCGAGGGCGUGGAACCCACGCCGCAAUUCAAGCGCGCCGCUUACUGGGCUGUAUUCCUCGCGAACUUGACAUCUGGAUUACAAGGAGCUCUGUUCUCCGCAGUCUUUCUAUUGCUCGACCCCGCAGUCCGAGAAACCCGCGCGUACAAGCAGCGGGGCCUCAUCAGAAAGCAUUGCCUGCCUUACAUCAACCUGGCCGAGUACGUGAACCCCGAGCCGGGCUCCGGAAAAUUGGACGAAGAAGGGCAAACGGAAGCGGAGAACCCGAGAAACGAACCGGUGAAACGCUCGUGCCUCUGGUGGAGAUAUUACGAACCGAAGUUUACGAAAGCACCAGGAACGAGGCGGGAGAGAAUAGCCUUCUGGACGGUGUGGGUGAUGUACGGGAGCGAGAGCGCGCUGCUUGAAUUGGAUUUCCGGAUGAAGACGAACGCAGAAGGGGAAACCAUCAAGCUAUCGGCGAAGAGGCAGGGUUACAUGGCAAGGCUGUGAGGACGUUCGGGAUGCACCAUACCUGUUUAUAUUCAACUUUCCUAAAGUUUUGGAUAAUUUUGCUGAAUAUACUCCUUCCUUCUGCGUCUUUGUACUAGCGGGCAACUUUGCGCUCGCCUCUUCCUCAAUACUGUUCCUGGUCUGCCUGUCGCCACACAUUGCGACUUGCUUUGAGUAGAUC